AUGGGAAAUGCGUUGGCAUCAAGGAAGAAGCUUCCCAAAGAGGACUUGGAAUUCUUGAUGAGCAACACACACUUCACAAAAAAGCAGAUCAAGCAGUGGUACAAUGGAUUUAUUGUGAGUUUAACCAUGCGAACAUUUACAUAAUUAUUAUCUAUGCUAUAAAGGAUAUUUAAAGUGUGCGUCUGUAUACUUUACCUCGGCGCAUUAUCAUUUGAUUGUGCUGUUAAGGAAACAUCCGUAGUAUGAAGCAUGCGUGCAUAUGGCAGCUCGAUAUGCAUUAGUAGGGUUGGGUUACAGGAUAACAUAAGCUUUCACCCAUUUGACUUAAUUUUGAUCCAGAAACAUGCGCCUGAUAGAAAAAAUCAUGUUUUUAGUUUGUACGGACUUGAUCGAAGAAGUUGAGAAAUCACAGACCAGACUCUUUUAUAAAUCUUAUUAGGUUAAUUUCGACUGAGUCCUAACAGAAGGAACUGCGUAACGUGAUACAAUGGUAAAAUGAGGGAAAAGAUGAAUUAAAAGGGUCAGUUUUCGCUUAUCUGGGCUUUUAAACUUGUGGCCAAGGCAAGAGAGUACUGAAGCCAGAAAAAUUAACAAAUGGUUUAAGUAGUAAACAAGUCUCCCCCUUCCGUAUUAGCAGCAAUUCCUAAAAGACUCAACUUCAGGUCAUCAAAGGUGAGUCAGCGGUUUCGCAUUAACACCUGAAUGAGCCAAAUAAUUCAGUCAUGCAACAAGCGGAAAUCACAACGUAGACCUAACGCACUGUGUAUUACUCUCUUCUGUCGGUGUGCUGUCAGUGCAUUUGUUGUGUCUGUAAGUGCAGUGUAAGUGUCUACAAACAGCAGUAAAAACUGAUUAAAACAGAUGGAUCAUUUUGAAUGUAAUAAGUUCUUUGGGAAGGAUAACACGCUUUAUUAGGUAAAUCUUUCAAAAGUGGUUCCCCAGAACGUCUUCAAACAUGUAGCAACUAUGCAAAAUAGUUGAAUUUUUUACAAGGUUAAACAUUUUACAGUCCCUUAAAUCUCCGCAAUAAUUUAGAGUCGGUUGGUUGUGGCCUCGUUCAUCUUUAUGCGAGAUAAUUUUAAACGAUAUUUAUUUCACCGUGCCGAGUUUUGUAUAAUUCAUCGGAGUAUAUAGUCUCCAAAAAUGCACGAUCUUUUAGCUGGACAGAAGACGACAAUGCGACUUUUGUCAGUUUCUUAUGUGUGCAUCAUGACAUGGGACAAGUGGUCUCGCCUCGCCACGGCCAGUUGAUAUUCUUGUAUGCGUGUGGAGGCCAAAUUUCUAAUUUGACUAUAGUUUAUUACCUUGAAGGUGACAUCAUGAAUCUUGUAGACAAGUCCCUUCUUAUAUAAACGGCUUAACCUAUCUCUAGGAUCUACAGGCUGGUUUCGUAAUUCUGUAAUCGGUUUGUGUGCUGAUGUGUUUCAUGCUUUCUCAUAUGGGUUUUUCUACGGAUUUUUUUGCAAUCGGUGGAGUCGCCUAUCACAGGUCACCUAAUUCAUGAAAUGUGCGUAUGCUAAAAAAUGACAGUAAAAAAAUUGGAAAGUGACAUGAAUAUAUUAACUAAUGCUUUCACAUACUAAUGGACAACCUUCCACCAAAUCGUACAAAAAGUGCUAAAAUGAAUAGUAGUUUGGUUUGAAAUAGUGUUGUGUUUAAGGACAACAGAACUCAAAUCAUAAUAUGUGCUGUGUGAAAAUAAUUAAAAGAAAUAUAUUGGGUCUUGUCUAUUAAUUUCUGCCGAAACACGGUCGAAAAUGGUGCAGUUUACGGUGUUGUAGCAAGGCGUCUACUCACCGUUCGCCAGUGUAAUGUCAUGAGGAUCCGAUGUCAAUAAUCGAUCUCUACAAUAACCAAGCAACGAAUUAAUUCACUAAGCAUCUUCGCCUUUUAUUCGCAAAAGGCAACGCCCUGUUCGCCCUGUUCUGUUUUUGAAUGACCCAACGGAAACCGUAAAACUAGCAUAACGUAGACAAUAAAGCUAUCUGCAUACUUCUUUCCGCACCAGAAAACGUUUUCAACCAUACAUAUUCCGCUAAUUUUCUGACGAAGAUGCCGACGACGACGUUGAUCUUAUAAAGUUGAAACACUUUGGAGAUCUCAAAAAAUUUUCCUACCUCUUGGAUUUUUGUCAGCGGACCAUCCAAUUGGAAAGUUAGUAUAGAUUAUGUUGAAAGUUUUAUAUAAUCUUGUUUUCGCAGGCGGAUAUCUCUGCCGUAUAUUCAGACUCAGCUAAGUGUAAAUCCUAGUUUAUGAUGAAACUGUAUGUUUGCAUGGAGGUCAUUUUAACUGUACUCAUAAUCGACUAAUAGAAUUUUGUUACCAGGGCGUCUCAGUAAAUAAUGAUUUUCGUAGCUAAUCUGCUAGGUAAUGUCUUUAAGAAAACUAAGGUAUUCUUGUUGAAAUAUAGGUAAAAUUUUACAACUAAAGCGUACAGGCGAUUGUUUAAAGUGGCAAUUUGUAUAUUCAUGUAGUAACAUGUCAGCAUGCUUUUAUUUCAAAAACGCUAAAGUUUCAUCGUAACCCGGAUUAAUAAACUGGUUUUUUCUACUAAGCUUUAUCGAUUUGGGAGCACACUCUACAUCCUAAAUUUGAUUUACUUUAAAACUAAUGCAAGUUAAUACACCUUUGUUUCAUAGUCGUCAAGUGGUAUUCGAAAGAUCUAGUUCUUAAUUCAGUCAAAACAGUUCGCUGUUUCGGGAAACGCUUUAAACCCUAUGUGAACUUAACGCGUCCUGAAGAGACAAUUCGACAUUUAAUAGGUCAUCAUUUCCAUUUAAGGUCACAUUGUUAUCAACAAUUCUGCCCAGGACAAAAGUUAACGUUUGAAACUUAAAAUAGGAAUUGGAACGUCUAUUUGAAGGAAGAUACAAUUAAUGCCCGACUAUUAUCAAUGGAACGCAACGCUAUGUAUAAAGUGGCCGCUGAAAACGUGCACGUGGCCGUACUUUGCGAUGUCUCAAGCUGCUCUUUCUCGCUACGGAUUUAUUUAUUAGUCCGUUUUUUGCUCUCGGAUUAUUUGGGUCAUUGUCUUAUAUGAAGGUUAAUUAGGAAAAUUAGAACCAGCCACGACAUCAUCAAGACUUUUCAGACUAUGCACUAUGAAUUGGCGUAAUUUGUGGACUACAGAGUACAAAAUAAAAAUGUUGUUUGACCUUCUUUCAAACGCAGGACUGAAGAUGACAAAAUCAAGCAAGUAAUUCUCCUACCCGCCACCGACUAUUUAAAUUAAGUCCAGUACACACUGCAUUCGACGUCAUUUUGUGUAUCAAGGUUACAAUUUGAUUUAAUGCAUACAGAACUACCUCUCAAAAGGUUUCUUCAAAGGCUGCAUUGUUGUUACAAAAUACUUUGAGUGAAUUUUUGAGGACUACUUUUUCUUUGUUUGGUUGUCAGGCUUAUUUUACAUUUGUUUAUUUGGCAAAAAUAUAUAUGAUUUGACUUUCAUUGCUGUAAAUCUGCUUGGCGUUUGAAAAUUCUGGAAAAAAAUGAGUAAGCGCAUUUUUCUAGUUCCAAAAUUCUCGGUCUCAUUCUCAUCUGCGCUUGCAUCAUUGGAUUGACUCUUAUGACUUAUGUUCGAAUUGUUUCUUACAAAACCCCACCGCUGGCCAAACUAUGGUGGCGCAGAACUGGUAGAUUUAUAGUGAGGUACUGUCCCUCCCCUGACUUAUCUUGUUAGGACGACAAGGUAAUAUCCAGACAUCUUUAUAUGGAUGGAUACGUAAUGCCCAUCUUAUCAUGCCAAAUACAGCCCAGUUCCCGAAGUAUAUGCCAUACCACCGCAAGAUCAAUUUGAGUCGUUAGCAUGUGUCUUGGAUUAAUGCUACAAAAAGGGCUAUUUCUGUCCGUCACUCAGGUUCACAGGCUCUCCACAUUUCACCGAUGGAGACUGAGUUAUCCCAUCAGUUUGCAAGCCCUCGGGCAGCCGUAAAGUUCGGGUGCAUCUGAUUAAUUAAAGUUGGUAAUACACUGGUUUAUCACGAUUAUGGGUUCGCCAGACUUGGUCUCAAAUACCAUAUAGAGAAUUAUUCAAACUGAUCUCGCUCUAUUCCUGGCCGAUUUAUAUAUUCCUUGGUCUUAUUAAACUAUGGGUAGGUUACACGCCACUGCUUUCACUCAUUUCGGCAUUUCCAAACGAUAAGAAUACUUUCGAAAAUUGUCCUAAAAUCUUUCACCGAAGAAGCAAGUCUUUCCUGAAAGUGAAGGUUGAACGUGGGAAUGCAUCGAACGAUCAAGCUUUUGGAGCUUGGAAUACGUUUGCAGAACCUCCGUUGGUUUUUGUCUAACUAUAAUGAAAGAGCUUGGAAUCCCAACGUUUAGUUUGCAGUAACUGGUUUGUGUGCUCUAUGCGUAACGAUUGAAAAACGAAUAACAUGAGCUUUAAUUCCGCGGACAAAUUUUCACGAGGAAAAAUGAAAAGUACUUUGAAAAAACGUUAACGUCAGUUAUUGGCUUAGGUUAUCAUCGGACAGAUAUUAUAGGUUAUCAAGUUCACUGAGCAUCACUUAAGAAAUUAUCAUUUUCAUCUUCUGACUAACAAAGCCAGGCGACCAGAUCACCUUUCUGAGAUCACAGGAGUUCCUACAUUGCCAAAAAAUAUGCUACCUGUUCGUACGUAACUGAGGUACCAAUCUGUCCAGCAGUCGAUUUAGCUGACAGUAGAAAGAGAGAUAUCUAAGUGCGCAUUUUGCGCAUUCGAAUUGCAAUCCUACGAGUUUUGCCAGUCGUAGCAUAUGUGCAGAAUUAUUUCGCACAUGCUUAAUAAGGGGCCAUUCGUGGAGAAAACCGUCUCUCCAUCACAGGAAUUCAUUAAAAAACAAAAUUGUGUGAUAUUUUGUCAGACGAUAAUACGCUCAAAAUAAUAUUUGGCGUCCACUGUCACGAUGCUUUUGGUAGAUUCUCUGAAAAGCAUACAAUAUGUUAGUGAUACGAGCAGUAAAUGUUUUCGUUCUAUUGCAGCCGAGUAAGCUCUCAAGCCAAUGGUGUUGAUUGUCCCUAAGUAUGCGAAUACAUAAACGCGCAUAGGCUUGCACUAAAUGGUUGUUUUAAAAAGAUUUCGCAGAAACAAAAAUGUUGAGGCGCAAAUCAUAUGCUUAUCCUAGGGGUCAGAAAUAUGCUGCCAAAAGCUCCCGAUGAUCUGCACUGUAGGGAAACAAAUCCCGCAUUAUCACGGUCUGGUAGUAGGUUCUGCCCACUUUAUUAAUUCAACUGUAAUCUAAUUUCUUGCAUACGUUAUGCCUACCCAGAGAGACCUCAUUGAAUGGUAUUCGGUUUGUUUUCAUUUACAGCGAGACUGUCCUUCGGGUCAACUGAGCAAGAAAAAGUUCAUCGAGGUAUACUCUGGAUUCUUUCCCGAUGGAAAUGCAGAGGAAUUCUGUACCCAUGUUUUUCGAACUUUUGACAAAGACAACUCCGGAAAAAUUGAUUUUAAGGAAUUCCUCCUUGCAAUAAAUAUCACGUCGGGUGGCCGCCCAAAGGAAAAACUUGAAUGGGCCUACCAGAUGUACGACAUCGAUGGAAAUGGGACAAUAGAAAGGAAUGAAAUGGUGGAAAUUAUUCGUGUGAGUCUCUUUCAGAUGGUAAAAAUAUGUGUCAAUAAUUUGGAACAGUAAAUAGAGUGUGCGCCUUGCCUAAACCUUAAAUGAACCCAAGUUGUAUUGUCAAAUUAAUUUGAUGAAAUGGCUUCUUCAUUCGCACAUCGAUACACGGCAAUGACAGGCGCCAAAACCAAUGAACGAGAAUUCCUGCAAGGAACAAGCAACUGUACGGGCCUUCCACUUUGCCAAAAUAUUGUUUUUUAAGGGCUAACUUAGGGAUGAAAAGUUUCUUUCUGAGAGUCCGACCGUCAAUUCGGACGAGGUCCACCGUGUGCCGCACAAUUAGGUGCAGCAGGCUCGAUGACUUGCGCAAGAAUUAGUUUAUAAUGAUCGUAGACUUGCUCAGUAUCCACCCCAAUCUUGCUUCUUCAGUCCCCACCGGGACCCGGUAUCAAGAAGGAGUUAAAUAUACCGGAGGCGGGGGAGAGCGCAGGUGACCAGCACUGCCGGACCCGCGCCCAGGCGUGCCAUCACACACCGUGGUCCAAAGCAAAACAGUGGUCAGGAUUUUCCACCAACGACUCUCCAUCAGGGAUUUGAAGAACGAGGAGGACUGGACAGCCAUGUCCACUAACUGCAUACCUAGCGGGAGCGCAGGCGAAUCAACCUGCAAGGAACUAAGUGUCAGGGAACUGCCAGUGCAUACGGGACUUCAAAAAGCAUUGUUUGCUGAUACUAACAUAGUACACGCUUUCAGAGCUUUUGAAGUUCCUUUCUACAGACGCCCACAUAAACCCAUUAGAAGUCUGCAGAAAAAAAAUGCACAACUUGUCCGCACCGUACAGGAGAUAAGAUGUAUAUUUUUUAUUUUUAUUACCUUAAUCUGCCUCUUUGAUGCCUGGUUGUAAACUUAACUCUUGUAUCGUAACGCAGCUUUACCUUCGAAUUUAGAUUGAACCCUAUAGCAUAAGAAACAGGUAAUAGAGUAGCUCGUUUCUAAAACUGUCCGGGGGUCAUGGUAACAAUCGAAAGAUGGCACCCAAAAAAAUCCAUUACCUAGAAAGAAUACCUUCAACAGUGGACUCAAACGCCUUCAGGCUAUAUCAGCGGUUACAGGUCUACUUUCACGCAGAAUUUGGACUUUUCCCGACGGCCUAACAUGGGCUGGCCAAACGAACAUCGCAGGAGGUUACAUGGACGAUGGUCGCUGUUACCCAACCUUCCCAAUCGUUACACGCGUACACCUGAAUAUACGGCAUGCAUUCGCACUAGAGCAAUUUAUUACAAAACAAAAGCAUUUUAAAUGGGAUAAGUCUGCACAACAUGGGACGGGAACACUUCCCAGGCAUUUGUCAAAUACAUGGCAUUGAGGCCAUGUGAGCCCACAUAGAUCGACAACAAACAGGGCCUUCCUCGUGGAGUUUCCCUUUCAGUCUACUCCAGUAGCCCUCAAUGGCAUUGGUGUGUCGUCCGGUGGUAGGGUCCUUGAAGUUCAUUGAGUGGUUAACAGAGAAAUGUAGAUAACCUUCUAAAGGAAAAGGAUUAUACGCCUUCCACUCUUCCGUUACCACUAUACUGCCUUUGGCGGCCCAUUUAGUAAUAACGGAACGGAGAGCGGGCCAACUUUGAUUAUUUGCCUGUUCAAAUAAGGCUUUCUGUUGGCUAGUAUCAUAAAUUCCGACCAGCCACCACCCAUAAAACCUCUCUUACCACCUGUCCGGUAAGAUAGGCUGCUUUGGUUAGGCGGAUUUUUUUGGGUGCCAUCUCCCGAUUGUUACCGGGGUCUUAUUUGCACGACCAUCUCUCCCUUGACAAUGCAUAUGAGUGCAGUCCUAACAAGUAAUCAGAGACCACGUGAUCAAAAUAUAUAGUCGCAUUAUCCUACAACAAUUUUCUAAGUUCGGUGUAUGAACUGCUUCGAAAUUACCUAUUUACAUGGAGAGAUUGGUAUUGACAAUGCUCGAGAGUUUUGUGCAUAUUGUCUUGGUUUGGGACUUCUAUUGGAGUCAGUGGGUUACUGAAUACCCAAUAACGUUAUGGCCCCGCCAAUAAAUAAAGUUUUAGUUCCCGCUAGUGAGACCCAUAAUGAAACGUUUGAAGAGGCAGGUCGUAGUACGCCUCCAAACACCCGCCUCAUUCUCAUAAUAAACGCUGUUUAUUUUCUCAUUCAUUAUCUUUUCGGUGCAAUUGGUCACUAAAAACGUCUUGCUACAACUUCUACUGGUUUCGUGCAAUUUCCCACUUAUAGUGUAUUUAACGGCUUUUGAAAUCCAAUGUGCUACUAAAGUAGAGAUGUGCAAGUGUUAUGUUGGUGAGAUGUUCGGGUGCUGAAACUUAGAAUCUGAGAUGAGUCUAUGAUUUUUAACAAAAUUUUCUUUUGAUUUGGCCAUCUAUUUUGUUCUUUAUUAGGAUGUCCUAGAUGCGAGCUACGCGUAGAGCAAUCCAUAUGGAUGACCGCAAGAUUUUUUUGGCAUUAAGCAUUAAGUAUUCAGAACGCGCAUGCAAUCAUUUGAAUAUAAUCCGGACAAUUUGAAUGCAUUUGGAAAUAGAAGAAGAUCCGUGCGAUGAUGGAAGACAGAUUAGUUACCGACUUCUGUAUAGUUUUCGCGCUUUAAAAUUCUGCCAACUUUCGACAGCGACACGUUGGUCGAUAGCGACGGAGGUGUGAAGACCAGUAACGUCCUCUCUUUCAGCCUACCCGAAUGAAGGAAGGGACUGAAUUAACACCGACAGCCAACAGUUAUUCAACUGAACUUUGGAAGUCGUAUGUGUGUAUAAUCAAAGGUAGAAAAGCAAUAGAAUGAGGGUUAAUUUAAUGAAGAUUGGCCCAGAUAUAUCCCAUUAUGAAUAUUUAUGCGGACAAAAUUCUACGUGUCCAAUGUUUGCAGCGCCGAUACCGCCUCUUAAAAGUAAAUGAUAAUAUACAGUAAUGACCACAAUAUUUAUGACUGAAAUCUGUUUUUUUCACUAAAAAAAGCCAAAAACACCGUAUUAAUAUGUAAAACCCUUAAAACAUCUGUUCUUUUUUGUUGAGCGUAAGAACUCCUUGUUUUAAGGCACCUUGACACAACAUGUUGUAUUCAGUUGCACAUAUUUAUUAUUAGGGCCAAACGUCCUGCUUCUUCAAACUGUUUUUAAUUGGGUUAUUAACCUGCUGACUUUUCCGGUUGCAUUUAAAUUUGCGAAAAUUCUAACAUAAGUUUUUAUUAUGGAACUGGAAAAUAUGCACUUUCAUGACACAUAAUUCUACAAUCCACACCUAAUAGACGGCCAAAUAUAGAGUCCAGGCUACUUUUAAUAUUUAUAGACGCAGUGGAAAUUGCGUAUCUCCCAGAGUUUAGUUAUAAAACGUCAUAUUUACUGUGCCAGAACAUAGUUAAAUUAGAUCCGUUUUGAAUUACAGGUAUAAGAAAAUUGCAGAUAAUUAGGAAGUUUUGUUUUAGUCUUCAGUUUCAUAGACCAUAGCACUACGUAGUCAUGGAAGUCCAAACAUCACUUUCAUAUCUGAAUACCCUAAAAUACUAAAACCCUACUAUUUCAUUACACAUAUCAGACUGAUUACUAAGCAUUGAUUCUAAUCAACAUUUCCAAGGAAAUGCUUUCUGAAGAUGCAAAAAAGUGCUCCUAGGGUAGUUGGAAAGUCAUUCUGUCUGUAAUACUUGAAAGCUUGCUGUCCACGCAAAUAUUAACUGCAAAUCUAUUCUUCCUUUUAUCUCUUGGUUACCAAAAGGACAGAAAUAUUACACAACACACGCGUUGCGUAACUAAUCGGUUAACAAGGUUUUAAAAUCACCGUCCUUUUAGGUAAAAUAUCCUUUAGAAAAAAAUUCUGCAUAGUGUUUGCUAAUAUAUAUGGUUUAGUGUUGCUUUUAUCAACAACAAUUCUCCUUUUGCAAGUUGAAUUUAAUUACUGCCUUGAGGUUAUCAGUAAAUAGGUACUGCUUAAACUUAACAAACAUAAUCAACCGUGCCUCCCGACUUCAUUUCCGCCAGUACCUUUCAGACGUAAAGGGUCACUAAGUAGGCAUUUGCCAUUGUACACGCAUUACCUGUUUUCGUUUGGUUCUAGAUUGCUUGUCGAGUAAGAAAGAUAGUUCAAAGUUGUAUAAAUCUCCUAUUUAGGAAAUCCAUCAGAGACAUAUUUCCGGUAUUGGCUUUCGUAAUUUCCGGAUGUGCGUUGACUAUCAAUAUCAACAAAGUCAAAAGAACCCGGAGCUGUCUUUUUCCAUCUAGUAAAUAUCUUCAUAGCUAAUCUCGACUUUAGAUAAUUUGAGAAUUGAACCCCGCUCAUUGGAUCAUUUUGCAUUAUGUACCCCCCUCUCCAACUUUACGUUAUAGGCGUAAUUCCAUAGCGCAGCGGUACGAGCAUGUUUUGCAAACUUUCACCCUAUUUAUAUCGGUUCUUAGGCAAAUAUUCAUUCAAUACUUUGAAUUGGGUGUCGGCUAACUUUGUCAUUGAUUGUAAGCUUACUUUUCGGCAAUCCAAGCAUAUUUGCUGAUAUAAAAGUCUGAACUGCGACGAAGAGUCAUAAAAUUGUACCGUCAUCUCUCUUAUGUUGGCCUGUACCAUAAUGACACUAGUGUUUGCCCAACAUGUUAACUGCGUCAAUAUGGCGUUACGAAAGACUGAUUUUGGCUAUUGUUCUACACUGGUCAGUGAUGAGGUGACAUUUUAUGCCUCUCCUUUGUUAAUUUUCCAGUGAAAACACAUACACAUUUUGCUGGUUAGAACAACGGACGUUACUGACGUGCAUAUCUUGGUGUAACGUUCUGGCAUAUUCCCUGUCCCAACCGUUUAGUAUACUUUAAAUUCCAUGCUUGACUGAUCAGUAUUUCUAAGUGUGUUUUCGAAGUGCACUCGGUUUCAUGUCAGGUAUUGAGUGCUACGUAACAAGCGGAUCCUAGACUUAGCCGAUCACAGAUUCAGCAUCAGAUAUGUUGACGGUAAGACGCCUAGCCUGCUUACCUCACUCUGUGUUUAUCCACAGAAUCUAAACCAUAUUUGUGGACAAGGAAAACAAUCUUGGGACAGAAUUUGAGCAAGCUUUUUCAUGUCUAGAAGCGAGUAUCAUCCAAUGGUUGUGGGACUUUAAUUAUCAGUGUCAAAUGUAAACUGGGCAGCUGUGAAUACAGGCGGCUAACGACAUCAAAAGGACAGAAACUGACGUUCCGUUGUUUCAGCCAACAUUUCCCUUUACCUAAAACCCCCACAAAUCCUUUCCCCAGCGAAGUCCUUAAUAGGCAGAUUGGUAUUACCGACAAAGACAAGGGAGACUGGAAUGGCCAUUUCUGGCUUAUUAGCCGUCGUCAGCUAGCCAUACCCAAGCCCGAAGUGUGGAACACUCAAGCCUCGAACUGGCGACCAGUUGGUUUAGAAGUCCACGCCUCUACCCACCGGGCCACGAGCCCGUUGCCUUGUCGGUUUUCGAUCAGGAAUAUACAGUGGUAGAGGGCGCUCACCGAAGUCCUUAAUGUGUCUUUAUUGUGUAAAAGAGGAUAACUAGGAAAGGACUAGUGUAUAUGUUACGCCAGCUGUUUUAAGCCGCGGUAAAACGUGGCCCAUAAAAAGCGCUACCUUCACUAUUUUUCAGUUAUCGAAACAGCGUUUCGUAGCAGAAACAUGUGCCGAGGCCCAUGAAAAUUCGUUCAUGCACGUGUUUCAUGCGUAACUGUCAAUCAGCAAGUAACAUUUGAGUAUUGGGUGUCUCCGUGCGCAUCUACUUGAUGUAACGCGUGCAUUCCGUGACUCCGUACUUUCAACAAAAUUAACGCUCAUCCUAACGAAACAUAUUCAUUGACAAUGCAACUGGCCUCUCUACCUUCUGAAGUGUUAAACUACUCCUCUUCAUUAUUCCCUUUAAAGGCUAUCUACUCUAUGUUGGGAGCCGAUGGGUCUUCCGCGGAGCUGAGUCCUGAAGCCCGCACGGAGGAGAUAUUUGCAAAGAUGGACGAAAACAAAGAUGGCGUCUUGACAAGAGACGAGUUUAUGAAUGGUUGUCUUUCCGAUCAGUAUCUCCUAUCCAUGCUUCUGGCGGAUGAGCCUGCGGAAUAG